AUGUGUGAGUCGCAAUUGUUCGAUUAUUUGAAGAAUAGAAUGACCGCCCUAGCCCCUAAUUUAACUUGCUUACUCGGUGAGCUUGUCGGUGCUCGACUGAUCUCACACGCUGGAUCUCUCGUUUCAUUGGCUAAGGCACCUGCUUCUACAGUACAAAUUCUUGGUGCUGAGAAGGCAUUGUUCCGUGCCCUGAAGACCAAGAAAGAUACUCCCAAGUAUGGUCUCAUCUAUCACGCACAGCUUAUUACCCAGGCUCCUGCAAGACUCAAGGGAAAGGUCGAUACUGCUUCUCUUCUAUUCCUUUUUUGCUUGAUUUCUUGUCGUACCUCGUCGUCGUUCCAGAUGGCGCGUAAACUCGCAGCAAAAUGUGCCUUGGCGACGCGUAUAGACGCUUUGGCUGAGGAUUCGAGAGGUGCAGAAGUUGGAAUGGAGUGCAGAGCUGGUUUGGAGGCAGUUCUGCGUUCAGAACAGGAACGAGGACCAAAGACGAUCAGUGGUGGCUCUCACAAACAUGAAAAAUACCACUUCAAGAGUGAAACUUUCGAGUAUAAUGAGGCUGCUGAUGUUCCGAAGAAGCCUCAGAAGAGAAAGUUCAAUGAUGAUGAGGAAGAGCCCGCAACUAAGAGAACAAAAGUAGAAGCGGAGGAGAGCCAGGAGACCCAAGAAACCCCAGAAGUUCCGAAAUCUGAGAAGAAGAAAAAGAAGAAGAAGGAAAAGAAGAUCAAAGAGGAAGGAGAGGAAGAAGAAGAAUAG